GAGGCGGAGUGGACGGGCUGGAGAGAGAGGGGGCAGCCGGAGUUUAACACCAGACUGAGCUCAAACUACACCAGCAACGAUGACCACAACCGUCUCCAGCCUCUUCCUCGACUGCGAGGGGCAGAACAAGAUCAGUAAAGUUCUGAGCUUCAGUGGUGGGUCCGGCAACAACUCUUGCUCCAGUCCCAGCAUGCCCUUCUCCACGUCCAUCGCCCCCCUGCUGGACAGGAAGGUGGGUGGAGCCUCUGCAGUAGGACUCUACCAGCGCCGUCAUUCUGUUUCCACGCCUAUCUCCAAAUUAAACGCUAGCCAGCUCUCCUGCAGCCUCGAGACGGACCCGCUGGCCCUGGUGUUUGGUGGAAAUAACAAGGAGAACCGUUUUCGAGAGCGCUCUUACUCUGAAAAUGGGGAGCGGCUGAUGGUGAGCUGCAUCGGAGCUGGCCAGAUCAACUCCAGUCGCUACAAGACGGAGCUUUGUCGGCCGUUCGAAGAGAACGGCUUGUGUAAAUAUGGAGACAAGUGCCAAUUCGCUCACGGGCUGCAUGAGCUACGCAGCCUGAGCCGCCACCCUAAGUACAAGACGGAGCUCUGCCGCACGUUUCACACCAUCGGCUUCUGUCCGUACGGCCCACGCUGCCACUUCGUACACAACGCAGAGGAGCAGCGCGGACCUCCACCUCCGCUCUCCAGCUUCAAUAAAGCAGAGCGUCCACGGCUCCACCACAGCUACAGCUUCGCCGGCUUUUCCAGCUCAGCCGGAUUCCCCAACAGCCCCACCUCCCAUACACCCCCACUUUUAUCCUCCAACGAAGACCUGACGGAAUGGCCCACAAACCCCUUCACCUUAUCCAGCCAGGACUUUGGUGGUCUUUUCAAGCCAAGCUUGGCUAGCCCUUUGAGCCAGGAGCUGCCCCCUCCAUCCUCGCCCACCAUUCCCUCCUUCUUCAGGCCUUCUGAGUCUCCUCCAAGUCCAGUCAACUCUCUGUCAGACCAAGAGGGCUAUCAGAGCAGCCUAGGCAGCCUUAGCGGGUCAGAGUCUCCAGUGCUGGAUGCUAACCGCAGGCUUCCCAUCUUCAGCAGGUUGUCAAUUUCUGAUGAUUAGGGAGAAUUAUAAAGAGAAGGACUGGCUGGAUCUCAAAAUGGCUUCAUACACACUAUGCAGUACUAUGCAGUGUACACUCUUUGCUAUAAAGCUAUUAUUAAUUAUUAAUGCACUCUAUAUGUAUAUGAUCCUGUAGGGUAAAUUUGAUGUACACACAAAUUUGAGUGCACAGUACGUCCACUAUAAAUUAUAUCAAACCAGCUGUACCAGUAUUGUGCACUAUAUGUAUACUAUGGAACUAUAUAUAGUGCAAUAUAUGUAUAGUGUAGAACCUGCAUAGUGCACUAUAUGUAAGUAAUAUAGACAGUGUGGUAGUGCACUAUACGGCAACUAUGGCCCAUAAAGGGAUCUGUAUGGCAUUAUAGAGCCUGCAUAGUGUACUACAUAAUAGUACACUAUAGUACACAUAAUUUUGAGAUUCAGCCAGAGAGAGUGAUUGUCUCCCCUCAGUCAUUCCCUCCACUCCCAGAGUUGUUUACAGCAGGGGUGUGAAUGGAGGUGCAGUGUUUUAAUAGCCACUGAUUCAAAAUCUUCUGCAUUCCCUCAAUAGCACUAAUUCAGCUUAACACACCCAAAAAGGCAGUGUAUAAAUGCGGCCGGUACACACAAGAAAAACAAAUGCCACUCAUGCUUUUUAAAAUAAAACUACAUACCUGCCUUUAAAAAGAUUAGGAACACGUAGCUUUUCAAAAUGUUCUUAAUGCAAUGUCUUUUUUCUCACAUUUUCACAACCCAACACACUUUAAUAGAAUUAUCUUUUUAUUUUAGUUUUCAUUCUUUAGCACUCAACCAUCAUUUGAGCCAAAAAAAACUCAUCUGUUUUUAACAGUUAAUUAAAUGUAAUUAAUUCUGUGAUUUUUUGGAAAGAAGGCAAGAUGUCCCAAACAUUUUGAUAAAAAAUGUUUCAGAAAUCCAAGGAACUUGUUUUUAAUUCAGCUCAAGUGUUGUAGAAAGUUCACAGCAGAGCCUUGGGAGCGGUUAGUUUCCCCACGUUAGUGACCUCAGCUUUGUCACUAUUAAACGGUGACUGGCCAAAAUGUGAAGUGCCUACUUUUGUGCUAAUAUUUGUUCAAAAUUUGUGGAAACCUAACUAUAUUGUUGUGAAUACAUAAUGGUGCUAUGUCCACCAUCACAAUCAUAACAUUCCUGAGAGCGUGUAAUGCCGUCCGCAUGUCUUUCACUAUCAGAGUUCUUAACGAAUUUCAGUUUGAUUUUUUCCCACUUGUUCUUGUAAUCAGUUCAGUUAAAAUGCUCAGUUAUUCCAUGUCAUUCUACAUACAUAAUAUUGUUAAUGUAUUAUUAUUCAAUUUAUUUUAUUUGUUCCUAUUUGUCUGAAGGUAUUGCUCAUCACUGCUUAUUUAACUUAUCAAAAUGUAUUUAUUACUGAUUGUAAGUGUUAUUUUUUUGUUUUAUUUUGUUUGUAUUUAUCUGCAUAAUGAAAACAGAAUAUAUUUUCUUUAUAUUAAAUUAUGAUCUUCCGUAUUAAUCAUUUAAGAUUGUGAAGACCCUUUUUCCAAAAUUAAUAGAUUAUACUGCAAGAUUGUUUUUUUUUUUUGUAACUGCACAUAGGAUGUAUUUUUAGACAUAAUUUAAUGUGUAAAAAGUGCUAAAUAUUGCAUUUUAUUUAUUGUUGUCUGCCCUGGUGUUUGUCUGCACUUUCAAUUGUUUUUUUCUGCCUAAAUUUAUUUAAUAUGACCAGACUGAGGGAUAAUGCAGAAUGUAGCCUGAGGUUCCUGUUUAAUAAUAGUCUUGUUCCUUUAAAUCUGUUGAGCUGCAGGAUUUAGACCAGGAGCCACAAAGUGCACUUUUUAUUCAUAUCCGCAAGAACAAAAUCACUUAACUCGAUAUUAACUGAUCUAAUUAAUUAACUAGACUUAAGUCAUCUCUGACACAGUGUUGUUACAGUGUCAUGGUUAACUCACUGUGUGUAAUUGUAUUUUCUCAUCUGUUCUAUAUUUUCUUUUUAAUUCACAUUUCAGUAUACCAGCAUUCUCAAAAAUAUUUAAUUAUCAGAUUUAAUCUGUAAUUGCUUUCCCAGAUACCAUGUGAGAUCAGCUAAGACGUGCUUGCUCAGUGACAGGCCAGAUUCUAGGCUAAUAUUGCUAACACUAACAUUUUGUUAAUUUACUUUAAAUAUAUACAAAAAUACACAUAGACACAUGAAUAGACCUUGUUCACACAAGGAAACUGGAAACUGUUGGUGCAGUCUCUGAGAGAAGUUUUGAGUUUUUUCUGUCUUUUAAAACUACAGUAACUUGUCAAACAAAAAUGGAUGGGUUAUGUGUAUGGAGUUUUUUUUAGGGUGUGUGUUUACAAAAAUGAGAUCCAGCGUUUGUUAGCAACAUUAGCCUAGCGUCUUCCAGUGUAAACUGAAAAAGCACACCACAGUUACCAAACAUGUCUUGGCUGAUCGAUUGCAUCCGGUUUUCUAAUCAAUCAUUAUUAUUUGUUUCUUCACAAAACUGGUUCUAAGACCCAAAUGAGAAGAACUACCUUAAACAAUUGAGUGGUCUGCAAAUAUCUCAGGAAAAAAAUUGAAGUGGUUUCUAUUGUUAAAUUUCUUUAUGCUUUUUGAUUGUUUUUGUACACAGGGAUGUACAAAUGAAUUUUGCACUUAAAAACUUUCUUUAAAAAUGUAAAGUGAAUGUUCUGUUUAAAGCAUAAAGAAAGUGUUCAUGGAUAACACCACUAUAAUGAGCCUUCUGCAAUCUGGUAAUCGGACACUUAGAUCUAGAACUAAUGUUUAAUAAGACAAAUACAGUAAACGUGUAUUUUUUCCUUGCAUUAACUAUUCAGGGGCCUUAUUUCAAUACAUGUCUAAAGUGUGACCGGUUUUACCCUAAAUAGGAUAAUUUCCUUAUUUUCUUUGUUUAUUUCCACAUAUUGGAUCACUGGAACAUUCCAAGUGCCACAGAGAUUAGUGUGACUGUAAUUGCUAAACUGAAUGUUUCAGUGUUUUAACAGCAGCUCACUACAGCAAUCCCUUUUCUUUUGUAAAGAUUGCAGUUUUACACCAAUAAAUAUUCAUAUUUCCAAA